ACACCCUCCCUUUGCCACAGUCACCCAUUUUGUCCCCUUUCCCUUCUCCCCCUCACUCUUCACCUCUCCCCGGGUCGCCUUCUCAGAGGACUCUGCCGACGGAGAUGCUGCGGACCCCGCGGCCAGGGUCUGCUACCCGGAGAACGCUCCGUCUACCUUUGCCCCCUCCUCGGGGGCGCGUGAGGCAAGUUUCCGCCCAGUCCCUUCCCCAGUGACAGGACUUGGCGGCGGCCACGGCCAGGGAGGCGGAGGGAGGGACGGCCUGGCUCCUGAGCCCCCUCCCCUGCUCGCGAGCUCGCGCGGUCUGUGUCUCUCUCCGCAAGUGCGGAGACGCGGAGGAGGAGGAGGAGGGAGUUGGGGGAGGAUCUCCAUUGAAAUAAACAACCAGGCAGCAGUUAUUAACACGGGAACAUGGCGGCCGCAGCCUCAGCCACAGCUUCGGCGGCGAAGGUCAGCGCCGACGGCAGCCGGCACCUGACGGCGUGACCGACCCGAGCCGAUUUCUCUUGGAUUUGGCUACAAAUUUAUAGAUCUUCUGCACUGUGUACAGGCACAGGUGUUGCUGUCCUUAACGUUAGAGAGAGAAGACUUGGCAUUUUCUGGUGUGUAGUUAACAGUUGCUGAUAUGUGUUCAAGAUGAGUGGGAUGGGAGAAAACACCUCUGACCCAUCCAGGGCAGAGACAAGGAAGCGCAAGGAAUGCCCUGACCAGCUUGGACCCAGUCCCAAGAGGAGCACUGAGAAACGUAAUCGUGAACAGGAAAAUAAAUAUAUUGAAGAACUUGCAGAGCUGAUUUUUGCAAAUUUUAAUGAUAUAGACAACUUUAACUUCAAACCUGACAAAUGUGCAAUCUUAAAAGAAACUGUGAAGCAAAUUCGUCAGAUCAAAGAACAAGAGAAAGCAGCAGCUGCCAACGUAGAUGAAGUGCAGAAGUCAGACGUGUCGUCGACCGGGCAGGGCGUCAUCGACAAGGAUGCGCUGGGGCCUAUGAUGCUUGAGGCCCUUGAUGGGUUCUUCUUUGUAGUGAACCUGGAAGGCAACGUUGUAUUUGUUUCGGAGAAUGUGACCCAGUACCUAAGGUAUAACCAAGAAGAGCUGAUGAACAAAAGUGUAUAUAGCAUCCUGCAUGUUGGGGACCACACUGAAUUUGUCAAAAACCUGCUGCCAAAGUCUAUAGUGAAUGGGGGAUCCUGGUCUGGCGAACCUCCUCGGCGGAACAGCCAUACCUUCAAUUGUCGGAUGCUGGUAAAACCUUUACCUGAUUCAGAAGAGGAAGGUCACGAUAACCAGGACGCACAUCAGAAAUAUGAAACUAUGCAGUGCUUUGCUGUCUCUCAACCAAAGUCCAUCAAAGAAGAAGGAGAAGAUUUGCAGUCCUGCUUGAUUUGUGUGGCACGAAGAGUUCCUAUGAAGGAAAGACCAGUUCUUCCCUCGUCAGAAAGUUUUACUACUCGCCAAGAUCUCCAAGGCAAGAUCACUUCACUGGAUACUAGCACCAUGAGGGCAGCCAUGAAACCAGGCUGGGAGGACCUGGUGAGAAGGUGCAUUCAGAAGUUCCAUGCACAGCACGAAGGGGAAUCCGUGUCCUAUGCUAAGAGGCAUCAUCAUGAAGUGCUGAGACAAGGAUUGGCGUUCAGUCAAAUCUAUCGUUUUUCCUUGUCCGAUGGCACUCUUGUUGCUGCACAAACGAAGAGCAAACUCAUCCGUUCUCAGACUACUAAUGAACCUCAGCUUGUAAUAUCGUUACAUAUGCUUCACAGAGAGCAGAAUGUGUGUGUCAUGAAUCCGGAUCUGACGGGACAAGCGAUGGGGAAGCCACUGAAUCCGAUUAGCUCUAGCAGCCCUGCCCAUCAGGCCAUGUGCAGUGGGAACCCAGGUCAGGACAUGACCCUCGGUAGCAAUAUAAAUUUUCCCAUCAAUGGCCCAAAGGAACAAAUGGGCAUGCCCAUGGGCAGGUUUGGUGGUUCCGGGGGAAUGAACCAUGUGUCAAGCAUGCAAGCAACCACUCCUCAGGGUAGUAACUAUGCACUCAAAAUGAACAGUCCCUCCCAGAGCAGCCCUGGCAUGAAUCCAGGACAGCCCAACUCCAUGCUUUCACCGCGGCAUCGCAUGAGUCCCGGAGUGGCCGGCAGCCCUCGAAUCCCACCCAGUCAGUUUUCGCCCGCAGGAAGCUUGCAUUCCCCUGUUGGAGUUUGCAGCAGCACAGGAAAUAGCCAUAGCUACACCAACAGUUCCCUCAACGCACUUCAGGCCCUCAGCGAGGGGCACGGGGUCUCACUAGGGUCGUCGCUGGCUUCACCAGACCUGAAACUGGGCAAUUUGCAAAACUCCCCCGUUAAUAUGAAUCCUCCCCCACUCAGCAAGAUGGGGAGCUUAGACUCCAAAGACUGUUUCGGGCUUUAUGGGGAGCCGGCUGAAGGUACGACUGGUCAAGCAGAGAGCACCUGCCGUCCAGGAGAGCAGAAGGAGGCGGACGAUUCCAGCAUGCCCCAGGCUGUGAGCGGUGAGAGAGCUGACGCACAGAACCGGCUGCAUGACAGCAAAGGACAGACCAAACUCCUGCAGCUGUUGACCACCAAAUCGGACCAGAUGGAGCCCUCGCCCUUACCCAGCUCCCUCUCGGACACAAACAAGGACUCCACAGCGAGCCUGCCUGGUCCUGGCUCGACACAUGGAACCUCGCUCAAGGAGAAGCAUAAGAUUUUGCACAGACUCUUGCAGGACAGCAGCUCCCCUGUGGAUUUGGCUAAGUUAACAGCAGAAGCCACAGGCAAAGAGCUGAGCCAGGAGGCCAACAGCACGGCUUCUGGCUCAGAAGUGACUAUUAAGCAAGAGCCAGUGAGCCCCAAGAAGAAAGAGAAUGCACUACUUCGCUACUUGCUAGAUAAAGAUGAUACUAAAGACAUUGGUUUACCAGAAAUGACCCCCAAACUUGAGCGACUGGACAGUAAGACAGACCCUGCCAGUAACACAAAAUUAAUAGCUAUGAAAACUGAGAAGGAGGAGAUGAGCUUUGAGCCUAGUGAGCAGCCUGGCAGUGAGCUGGACAACUUGGAGGAGAUUUUGGAUGAUUUGCAGAAUAGUCAAUUACCACAGCUUUUCCCAGACACGAGGCCAGGCGCCCCUGCUGGAUCAGUUGACAAGCAAGCCAUCAUCAAUGACCUCAUGCAACUCACAGCUGAAAACAGUCCUGUUACACCUGUUGGAGCCCAGAAAACAGCAUUGCGAAUUUCACAGAGCACUUUUAAUAACCCACGACCAGGGCAACUGGGCAGGUUAUUGCCAAACCAGAAUUUACCACUUGACAUCACAUUGCAAAGCCCAACUGGUGCUGGACCUUUCCCACCAAUCAGAAACAGUAGUCCCUACUCAGUGAUACCUCAGCCAGGAAUGAUGGGUAAUCAAGGGAUGAUAGGAAACCAAGGAAAUUUAGGGAACAGUAGUACAGGAAUGAUGGGUGGUAAUGCUUCCCGGCCCACUAUGCCAUCUGGGGAAUGGGCACCACAGAGUUCUGCCGUGAGAGUCACCUGUGCUGCUCCCACCAGUGCCAUGAACCGGCCAAUCCAAGGAGGUAUGAUUCGGAACCCAACAGCCAGCAUCCCCAUGAGACCCAACAGCCAGCCUGGCCAAAGACAGAUGCUUCAGUCUCAGGUCAUGAAUCUAGGGCCAUCUGAAUUAGAGAUGAACAUGGGGGGACCUCAGUAUAGCCAACAGCAAGCUCCUCCAAAUCAGACUGCCCCGUGGCCUGAAAGCAUCCUGCCUAUAGACCAGGCAUCUUUUGCCAGCCAAAACAGGCAGCCAUUUGGCAGCUCUCCAGAUGACUUGCUGUGUCCACAUCCUGCAGCAGAAUCUCCAAGUGAUGAAGGAGCUCUCCUGGACCAGCUCUAUCUGGCCUUGCGGAAUUUUGAUGGCCUCGAGGAGAUUGACAGAGCUCUCGGAAUACCCGAACUGGUCAGCCAGAGCCAAGCAGUAGAUCCGGAACAGUUCUCAAGUCAGGACUCCAACAUCAUGCUGGAGCAGAAGGCUGCUGUUUUCCCACAGCAGUAUGCGUCCCAGGCACAGAUGGCCCAGGGUAGCUAUCCUCCCAUGCAAGACCCCAGCUUUCAUACCAUGGGCCAGCGGCCUAGCUACGCCACACUCCGCAUGCAGCCCCGGCCAGGCCUCAGGCCCACGGGCCUGGUGCAGAACCAGCCAAAUCAGCUGAGGCUCCAGCUGCAGCAUCGCCUCCAGGCACAGCAGAAUCGCCAGCCACUUAUGAAUCAAAUCAGCAAUGUUUCAAACGUGAACUUGACUCUGAGGCCUGGAGUACCAACACAGGCACCUAUUAAUGCACAGAUGCUGGCCCAAAGACAGAGGGAAAUCCUGAACCAGCAUCUCCGGCAGAGACAAAUGCAUCAGCAGCAGCAAGUUCAGCAGCGAACAUUGAUGAUGAGAGGACAAGGGUUGAAUAUGACCUCGAGCAUGGUGGCUCCUGGUAGCUUACCAGCAACUCUGAGCAAUCCCCGGAUGCCCCAGGCAAAUGCACAACAGUUUCCGUUUCCUCCGAACUACGGAAUAAGUCAGCAACCUGACCCAGGCUUUACUGGGGCGACAACGCCCCAGAGCCCUCUGAUGUCGCCCAGAAUGGCACAUACCCAGAGCCCCAUGAUGCAGCAGUCUCAGGCUAAUCCAGCCUACCAGGCCUCCUCUGACAUGAAUGGGUGGGCGCAGGGGAAUAUGGGUGGAAACAGCAUGUUUUCACAACAGUCCCCACCACACUUUGGGCAACAAGCAAACACCAGCAUGUACAAUAACAAUAUGAACAUCAAUGUAUCCAUGGCGACCAACACAGGUGGGAUGAGCAACAUGAACCAGAUGACAGGACAGAUCAGCAUGACCUCAGUGACCUCCGUGCCUACGUCAGGGCUGUCCUCCAUGGGUCCUGAGCAGGUUAAUGAUCCUGCUCUGAGGGGAGGCAACCUUUUCCCAAACCAGCUGCCUGGAAUGGAUAUGAUUAAGCAGGAGGGAGACGCAUCACGGAAAUACUGCUGACACUGAAGGUAGCUGGUUGCUUCUCUCUUCAGCUGACUGGGCUCACUUGCUUAAAACACUUACCAGCCUGGAGAGCUGUGUCUAUUUGUUUUGACCCAGUCGACCUGCCAGCCAGUUCUGCCAGAGCCUGGUCAGCAGAUGGACCUGGGCCCCGGCUCCCAGGGUGGGGUCCGCUUGGCUGUUGCAGGAGGGAGCUGCCUCUUCGCUUGACAGUCGGAAGCUCGCGUCCAGACAGUUGCUCAGUCUGUUCACUGCAUUCACCUUAGUGCAACUUAGAUCUCUCCUGCAAAGUAAAUGUUGACAGGCAAAUUUCAUACCCAUGUCGGAUUGAAUGUAUUUAAAUGUAUGUAUUUAAGGAAAACAACCAUGCUCUUGUUCUGUUCCUGUUUGGUUCCAGACACUGGUUUCUUGCUUUGUUUUCCCUGGCUAAUCAGUCUAGUGCAAAAGAUUAAGAUUUCAUCUCGGGGAAAGAACAGAAUUAAGGGGAAAAAGAAAAUCAAACUAAAGGUGUUCUAAGCUAAAGCCUGUAUUUGGGAUAAAAGCAGAGCAGACACCAUGGACAGCACUGUAUGUACCGAGACACCCAAGAAGUGAAGACCAAUAAAGUCAGAGUUGUAUCUUUGUAGAAGCUCUAGAGACCAUGUUGGAAAGAGUUUCCAGUUACCGAACAGAUGAAAAGGAGCCUGUGAAGGGCUGUUAAUAUUAACAAGUGCUUUUUCCUUUUUUUUUUUCUUUGUCAAAA